AUGGGAAAACUUUGCAGUUACAUAUCUAUUGCUCUCAUCCUUGUAAUGCAAAACGCAAUUUUUGCAAAUGCAGAAGAUCCUGAUAUCCUGAAAGAUUUCCUGGUACCACCUAGCCUUGAUCCCAACACCAUUACAAGGCAAUAUUUCACCUUCACAGGCUUUAGACCUCUCAGGAAAGCCAACCUGACUGGCAAAACUACAGCGUUAGUGACAAAAGCGACAAUAAAAGAAUUUCCCGCCCUGGAAGGCCAAGGAGUAUCAGUUGCAGCAAUAAUGUACCCUCCUUCAGGAAUGAACCUUCCGCAUAUUCAUCCGAGAGCAUCUGAGCUGCUAGUAGUCCUCUUAGGGAUCUUAGAAGUUGGAUUUGUCGACACGACAAACAAGCUUUUUACGCAGACUAUUCAGGCUCCUGACAUGUUCAUUUUUCCAAAAGGACUUGUUCAUUUUCAGGUGAAUCUGAGAAAUGAUUCUAUUGCUUAUGCUCUUGGAGUAUUCGGAGGUGCCAGCGCCGGAACGGUUUCGUUGCCUGGUACUCUUUUCGGAAGUGGAAUAUCUGCAGAAAUACUUGCCAAGGCUUUCAAAACUGAUGCUAAUACCAUAUCCAAGCUAAUUGACGCAAAUAAGUUGAACUGA